AUGUUCCAACACUGUGAUAAGAUGCAAGAGAACAUUAACAAUGAGGCCACAAACAUGUUUAAUAAAAUAUAUGCAAAUAGCACAAAAGUGCAAACGUACUGUAAAAAUACAAAUACAGGUAGUAGAAGAGUCACAGACCCAGAGAAAAAAGCAUGUACAUACAUUACUGAGGGGUUGCAGUACAUAUACAGCAUUGGGAUAGACACUAAGGAUAUGGAGGGUGAAGGUACAAAUGAUGAUAAGGAAAGGAAGGCGAAAGAAAACAGGGAUUUUAAGCAAACCAUGAUGUGCCUCCUCCUGAAUGCUUAUGCGGAUAAGUUGAGAGAGAAUGUUGCAUCUCCCUGUACGGUCGGGGAAGAUACAAUAGUACAAGCAUUUAAUGCUGGAAAUACACAGAUGGAUACGUGGUGUGUGUAUAGUAAGGGUCAGAAGGAUAAUUGUGUUAAGUGUGAAAGGUAUGGAAAAUAUACAGAGUGCCAAAUAAGCGAUAAAGGUAAUAAAACCAAUGUAAAGACCAAAUUGGAUAAAAUGCUCGAGCAAAAUGACAACAUGAAAAAAACUCUAACUACUAUAAGUUCUAUGAAUAACUUAUGUCAACGUUCACAAUGUGUAAUAACACAAUGGUCCAGGGACAAAUCAACGCCGGGCCAAAGGAAAUGGGAGAAAGACAGUUGGAAAGACAUAAAGGAUAGGAUCAACCCACUUGCCAAGGCCAUGCUUCAGUCGGACUCAAGUACGGACAUUUAUUGUACUGGCACUGAAGAGAAGAAAGAAGCAUGCAAGCAAAUUGUUGCAGGACUAUUGCAUAUAUACGGCAUUACAGUAGAUAACGGGGAAAAAACUGAUAAGAAGGAAAAUAAUAGAUUAUUUAAACAAAUUAUGGAAUGUUUAAUAUUAAAUGAAUAUGGAAAACUCCUUGGAGAAAAGUGCCAUACCACAGCGGAGGCCAUACAAAAGGCCUUUACUGAAAAUAAUAACCUUCACUUCACUAAAUGUGAAGGAGAUACAUGUAUUCAAUGUAACUGGGAUAAUUGUACGGGUCCUGCUUUUGAUAGUACAGACCUACGAAAAAAAAUAAAAGGGGAAAUCGAAAGCAAUGCAGAAAUACAGAAAGCUCUGUCUUCUAUAACUAACAUAUGUCAAACUAAACCUGCCACCGCAGCAAAACCUGUUGCUGCUAAACCAGCAGCAUACUUUGGAAUGCUUGGUAAGAGAAGAAAACGUUACAAAAGAGCUCAUCAAGUACGUGGUCCUCCUUUAGAAGAACAACCUCUUGAUUACGUGGAUCAGCAGGAUGGUCCACAUGAAUAUACCUUAGUAAGGGAACGAAAACAACCAAGAUCUGCUCCAACGGGAAGAACGAAGAGUCGAAAAAAACAGGGUGUCAGUUCCCGUGUUGGUCACCGCACGAUUAUUGAUAUUCAUUUAGAAGUCAUUGACGAAUGUCAAAAGGGGGACCUAUAUUCGACGAAGGAAGACUUUUUUGAAAUUUUGGUUCAAGAAUUUAUGGGAAACAAUUCUAUAAAAGAGAAACAUGUCCUUAAUGAACAAGUUCCUAAGGAAGACUUUAUUUCCGAGGAAGAUGUUCCUAGGGAUCAUGUUCUUAAGGAACGUGUUCCUAAGGAAGGUGUUCAAAGUUCAGAUUCCGGGUUUAGGGAGGAAGACUUUGUUCCUAAGGAAGAAAUUCUUAGGGAAGGUGUUCCUAAGGAACAGGUUCCAAGUUCAAAUUCCGCGUUUUAA